AUGCCGUCAGAGACUAUCGUGAUCCCGGAGAGGCUUCCAGUGCUGCCGCUCCCAUACCCACUCGUGCUGCAUCCCUCCCUCUUGCUCUCUAUUCCACUCUCUUACGCGCACUCGUUGAGCCUGCUCAAGGCUGCUCUGCAAGUUGGCUCCGAUGAGGCGAGCGAUGCGUCGUCAAGCAGCAAGGAUGGCGAAGCAACACGACCCAUCGUCGUGGCUUGCGUUCCCACCAUGCGUGUUCCAGCAGGAGCUUCGAGCAAUCCAGCCAAGCCCUCCACUACGAGGUCGGUGAUGCCCAAAGACGAGGCCAAUGAUCCGCGAGUCCGCAUCAACGAUCUGUACGACUGGGGAGUCGCUGCUAAGCUCGUCAGGCUCACUCGCCACCCGGCCAGUCAGACUUGCACCCUCGUCGUCACUGGUGUAACUCGAGUCCGGAUUGACAGGUGGCUCAGCGUACGUGCCCCGCUCACCAGCACCAAGCUCGAUCGCAACAUCACGGUUCCCGAUGUGCCUGUCCCAUUGGCGGCCAUCACUGGCUUUGCCGACGGAGGCCCCUUCCCUCCCUUGACUGGCGCGACUGAGAACGACAUGGACGCGGUCAGGGCUUUGCGUGCGGCAGCAGACGAGCUUCUCGAGAGUCUUUCUGCUCUUGGUGCGGCGCCUUCGGUCAAGAACCAAGGGCAGGAUAACGCUUUGCCACCUGCCCUACCACUUCUUCCUUCUGGUCUUCUCAGGCGCGUGCGGGCCUUCGUCAAAGAGUCUCGAGAAGGUCAAGCUGGCAUGCUAGCUGAUGUGCUGGUCGGCACUCUUGGAGGCGCUUGCGAGUGGUCGCAGCGAGUCAAUGUUUUGGGCGAGUGGGAACCACGUUACCGAGUCAAGGCAGCUGCUAGCGCCCUAUCAGCAGGCGCGGCGAGGGUCAGACUGGCGCGAGAGCUGCUGGCUUCCCUUGCCGCCCCUCUCAGUAGCAACACCAAGGAAUCGCUCGUGCGAACUCAACUCGAGUCUUUGCUCGCACAGCUUGCUGCGCUCAACCCCAACACUACGGCUCGCAUCAGCACUGGCACGAAUAGCUUCAGCAUUGGUCCUGCAAACAGGAGCGACACCGGCAGUAGCGGCAAAGACAACAACGGUAGCAGCAGCAACCCUAAUAACAGCAAUGCCAUCAUCACUAUUCGAGCUCCUUCAAGACCCAACGACGGCAUGCCUCGCAGUGCGCCUGGUGCUCGAAGCGUCGGUGGAGGGGGCAGCAGCGGCGGCUCUGGCGCAGGCGAUCAAGAGGAGGAAGAUGAGGUUGCGGAGCUUACCCGCAAGCUCGAUGCAGCCAUGCUUACACCUGAAGCGCGUAAAAUGUGCGAUCGAGAGCUAAAGCGCCUCGCGCGCAUUCCGCAGCAAAGCGUCGAAAGAGGCGUCGUCAUCACUUACCUCGAAACAAUGGCUGAGCUUCCGUGGGACAAGACUUCAGCGGACCUCAGCCCGCAGCCCUCUGGACCAAAGGAUGCCGCAGCGCCUUCUGCGAUCACCGAAGUAGCAGACGUCGACGUGGGACGAAGCCCCAUCAACGCACCAAUCGAGGAUGAGGGCAUCGUCGAGAGGGCUCGUCGCAUCUUGGACGAAGACCAUUACGGCCUCGAGAAGAUCAAGAAGCGUCUUGUGGAGUAUUUGGCUGUACUCGAGCUCAAGACCUCGCAAGCUCAGGAGCGGAUUGCUCGCGAGGAAAAGCUGGAGCGCGAGGAGCGCAUCGCGAGCCGACGUGCCGAGAGGGCAGCCGUUGCCAAGAAACAAUCGGCUGCUAUCAAUCAGGAGCUCGAAGAAGAAGGGGAUUUCCAACACUUGGAGGAAGCUGCCGAAGAGGAGAAGAAGAGUAAGCAAGCUGUCGACGAAGCGCGAAGGAAACGUCGUCGGGCUCAUGUAGCGGAUAAGGGACCUAUCCUGCUCCUCGUCGGGCCUCCAGGCACCGGAAAGACCUCGAUCGCCAAAUCCCUGGCGACCGCACUGAAGCGUCCCUUCACGCGCGUUUCGCUUGGCGGUGUGCGUGACGAAGCUGAGAUUCGAGGACACCGUAGGACCUACGUCGGCGCAAUGCCCGGAACGAUCGCUUCGAGUCUACGCAAGGUCGGCGUGAGCGAUCCGGUGCUCUUACUGGACGAGAUCGACAAGCUAGGCAGUGGCAACGGUCUGCACGGUGAUCCAAUGGCUGCUAUGCUCGAGACCCUCGACCCUGAACAAAACCAUGCCUUCAACGAUCACUACGUCAACUGCCCUAUCGACCUGAGCCGCGUGCUCUUCAUCGCCACGGCGAACACGUUGGACACAAUUUCUCCCCCUUUGUUGGACCGAACGGAGGUCAUCAAUGUUUCUGGCUACACUCACGAUGAGAAGGUCGCCAUCGCACGCAACUACCUCCUUCCAAAGCAGACGAAAGCGCAAGGUCUAGUACCUGAGGAUCUCGUAGUGGGAGACGACGUGCUACUCAAGGUCGCCAUGUCUUACACCCGCGAAGCGGGUGUGCGCAGUCUCGAACGAGAAAUCGGCGCGAUCGCUCGUUCCAAGGCCGUCGAGUAUGCCGAAGCCCGCAAAGGUGUCAAGGGCGAGGACGGCAAGCCCAAAUCGUACGAUCCGGUCGUUCGCGUCGAGGACCUGGAACGUAUCCUCGGUGUCGAGACUUACGAGCCUGAGGUGGCCGAGUUGGAGUCCAGGCCUGGCGUGGCUACUGGUCUCGCUUACCAGGGCUCGGGAAGUGGUGGCAUCUUACACAUCGAAUCGGUCCUGCUGCCACCAGACAACGGAGCCCUCAAAUUGACUGGUAGUCUCGGUGACGUGAUCAGAGAGUCCGCUGAAUUGGCACUGUCCUGGGUCAAAGCUCACUCUUACCAGGUACGUGCGCGCUGGAAAUAUCCUAUCCACGUCAGACCUUGACUGACUUCUUGCACAAACCGCCCUCAUCAACAGCUUGGCAUCACUCCGUCUCGCGAUGCAGAAUUCCCUAGGUAAGUCGAGACGCUUUAGACUUGAUGGCCGAAUUAGACUGACGUCCGCCGCCAAUGUGUAUAGAAACGGCGUUCACAUUCAUUUCCCGUCACUGUCCACACCGAAAGAUGGACCAUCUGCCUCUGUUGCACUGGUCCUCGCGCUCGUCACCCUUUUCACGCGCGUCUCAUUGGACCCCAAGCUGGCCGUGACAGGCGAGAUGGAUCUGCGCGGUCGCGUCACACCUGUAGGCGGGAUCAAGGAGAAGCUGAUCGGAGCGCACAGAGCCGGCAUCAAGCGCGUCAUCCUCCCAGCAAGGAACAAGAAGGAUGUGGUAGCGGACUUGCCGCAGAACGUCAAAGACGACCUCCGCAUUCACUACGUUUCUAAUGUCUGGAACGCGUUGGAAAUCGCACUCGGAGAGAGCCUCUUUGCUCACGCCAAUGGAGAUGGCGUGGCCGAAGGAAAACGCAUGAUGGGCCUCGAGGACAUCACCAGCCGUCUCUGA